AUGUCCACUGUCAAAGAAAUGAAGACUGUUACUGCCUCUACGCUCUCCAAGGAUGUCCAUCCUUUCGAUCAAUUGUCAGGUGAUGAAAUCAUCCAUGUUGCUGCCAUUACCCGUCAAGCCAAGGCCGAUGUUGACUUUGUCUUCAAUACCAUCACUCUCAAGGAGCCCAAGAAGGAUGUCAUGCUCUCUUAUCUCGGUUGGGAUACCUCCAAGCCCCGUGUUACCAAUGUCGAGCGUGAGGCUCUUGUUGUUGCUUUGGAAAAGAAGACCAUGAAGUGUUACGAAGGUGUUGUUUCUUUGAGUGCCAACAAGCUCAAGUCCUGGACAUACAUUCCUGAUGUUCAACCCAUUUUGACCAUGGAUGAAAUGUUUGAAGUUGAAGAACUCGUUAUUAAGGAUGAAAAGGUUCGUCAAGAGUGUCUUGAACUCGGCAUUACUGAUAUGUCUUGUGUCUUCUCUGAUCCUUGGGCCAUUGCUCGUCAUGUUGCUCAUCCUGGCCGUGAGAAGCGUAUGAUGCAAGCUCUCAUGUACAUGCGUACCUGCGAAGAUGACAACCAAUAUGCUCAUCCUUUGGAUUUUGUUCCCAUUGUUGAUCUUGGUAAGAUGGAAGUUAUCGCCAUUGAACGUAUCAGACCCAGAGAUUCCAAGUUCACUCGUCCCACCAUUCCUCUCCAACAACACAACUUCUUGCCUGAAUUCAUUGGCGAAGACAACUACCGCAAGGACGUCAAGCCCAUCAUCAUUCAACAACCUCAAGGUGUCUCUUUCACUGUGAAGGGUAAUGAAAUUGACUGGCAAAAGUGGAACUUGCGCAUCUCCAUGAACUAUCGUGAGGGUCUUGUUCUUCACAACAUUAGCUAUCAAGAUGGUGCUGAGAAGCGCCCCCUCUUCUACCGUAUCUCUCUCUCUGAAAUGGUUGUUCCCUAUGCUGAUACCAACACUCCUCACCACCGUAAGCACGCUUUCGAUGUCGGAGAGUACGGUUUGGGUCUCUGUACCAACUCUCUUGCUUUGGGCUGCGAUUGUCUUGGCUCCAUCUACUACUUUGAUGCCACUUUCAAUGAUCAUGCUGGUAAGCCUUUCUUUGUUCCCAACGCCAUCUGCAUGCACGAAGAGGAUCAUGGUAUCUUGAUGAAGCACACUGAUUAUCGUAAUGGUCGUGCCCACACCAUUCGUUCCAGAAGAUUGGUUAUUUCUCAAAUUGUCACAGUUGCCAAUUACGAUUAUGGUCUGUACUACUAUUUCUAUCAAGAUGGUACUUUUGAAUACGAAGUCAAGGCUACUGGUGAGCUCAACACUCACGUUUUGGCUGAGGAUGAAGGCACCAACGGUAUGGGUACUAUUGUUGCUCCUCAAAUCAACGCUCAAUACCAUCAACAUUUCUUCACCAUGCGUAUCGAUCCUAUGAUUGACGGUCAACGAAACUCUGUUCAACAAGUGGAUACCUACUCUUUGCCUUACCCCACUGGCCACCCCAAGAACCCCUUCGGUAACGGCUUCACCAGUGAUUAUACCAUUCUCAAGGACACCAAGGAAGGUCAACAAACUGCCAACUACGAUACCUCUAGAUUCUGGAAGAUUGUCAACCAAGACCGUCAACAUCCUUACGCCAAGACGCCUGUUGGCUGGAAGAUCUCAUCUGGUCACACUGCACCUUUCUAUGCUCAACCUGACUCACUUGUUGCCGAACGCGCUGGUUUCGCCAAGAAGACUUUGUGGGUCACCCCUUAUGAUGAAAACCAAAUGUUUGCUGGUGGCUUCUACUGUAACCAAUCUGGUGGUGAUGAUACUGUUGAAGUCUGGGCCAACAAGAGUGUUCAAAGCAUUGAGCAAAAGGACAUUGUCUUGUGGUACACCUUUGGUAUCACUCAUUUGCCUCGUGUUGAAGAUUUCCCCAUCAUGCCUGUCGAAUACUGUGGUUUCACCAUGAAGCCUUGCAACUUCUUCAUUGCUAACCCUGGUAUGGAUGUUCCUCCCACCAACAAGAAGAUCAACCACUCUGUGAAUGCCAAGGAAGAAAUGAACAAGCAACAAGAUGGCUGUUGUUCCAACAAGCUCUAA